AUGCCAGCAGCUGCACAGCUUGCUGCCAUUGGCAACAUCAGUACUUCACUCUUGUUCCCCGUACCUCUCCCUCUUCUUCUCGGAUUAUGCCUCACAGCUCUCUUCAUUUAUAUCCACAAAAAACAAAAGACCCAGAGAUUAGAAAGACUACAAAAGCAUAGUCCGGAUGAAGCUCUGGCAGGAAAAGGCACUCAAGCGCGGGCGAACGCCUUUGCCAGAAGGCCCUGGCUAGAGACCAUGGCUCACCCUGGAAAACUUCUGAGCAUCCUUCUGCGAAUCUCGAGGUGUCAGGCGCUCCCCAAGACCCCAAUCAGGCCGAAGUUCCUGUAUCAACCCCAGCUCAAACCGAAGCAAACAGACUUGACAUACCGUUUCUGGGAGGAGUCUGAAUUACGUCGCUUGAUAGAAAUGAGAUCUGGUGGGGCAAAAUGGAGAGUCAUUGCGCAAGCCUUUCCUGACCGCACUUUUGAGGCGCUCAAACAGAGCUACCACAAGCGUCGACACGCAGUGGAACAAAAGAUUGAGGAAGAGAAAGCCAGUGACAAAGCAGCAAAGAAGGGUUAG